UUUUCACUUUGUUGCCCCAUUUUGGUUGCUUUUUCAUUUCUUUCUCACCGGAAAUGUUCUUUGCCUCACUAUGCCCUCAUGUCGUUUAUCAGUUGUCUCACUAUUAAUUUGCGGGUUUCUCUCAUCUUGUCUAGCAACUAACUAGGGUUCCUCCUUGAACUCUCACAUCCAAUACUCUCGAGAAAAAUCUCUCUCAGUUAGGUGGCAUACUAUUUCACAGCCAAAUAUUAAAGAAUUAACGGAUCUUGAAAGAGCAAGCCUGCAACAUUAAGUGUAAAGUGUUGGGGGCAGUGUUCGAAGAUCAUGGCCUCUUCUAGCUACUCCAAUUCUCCAUGUGCAGCCUGCAAGUUUUUGAGAAGGAAGUGCAUGCCGGAUUGCAUUUUUGCCCCAUAUUUCCCACCAGAAGAGCCACAUAAAUUUGCAAAUGUUCACAAGAUAUUUGGUGCAAGCAACGUGAGCAAACUCCUCAAUGAGGUGCAACCCCAUCAAAGAGAGGAUGCUGUGAACUCUCUGGCCUAUGAAGCCGAAGCAAGGAUCAAAGAUCCAGUGUAUGGUUGUGUUGGGGCCAUUUCAGUGCUCCAAAAGCAAGUCCUUAGGCUCCAAAAGGAACUUGAUGCCACAAACGCUGAUUUGAUCCGCUAUAGUGCUUGCAAUGAAAUUCCAAACACCACUACUCAUCAUGGAGGGAGAAGGAUGAGUGAUGAUGGAGGAGGUGGUGGUUCCUCACUUGCUCACUCUCAUGGUUUCUAUUAUCCUUCUAAUUGGAACAAUGAUCCUUGUGGAAAUAGUAAUGGUUACCCCAGAGGCGAUAUAUAAGAGUAUGUGGUUCAUUUUCAACCCUCCCUAUAUAUGCAUCAAUUAUGAUGUGUAUAGUCACGUAUUAAAUUUCAAGUUACCCAUUUAGGGUUUUCUUAUUGUAAAGUAUUGGAUCAAGGGGGUCUUAUUCCGUGUA